GACGCACACAACUGCAUCCCCGAGCUGGACAGCGAGACAGCCAUGUUCUCCGUGUACGACGGGCACGGAGGAGAAGAAGUUGCCCUGUACUGUGCCAAGUAUCUUCCUGAAAUAAUCAAAGACCAGAAGGCCUACAAGGAAGGCAAGCUGCAAAAGGCCCUGGAAGAUGCUUUCUUAGCCAUCGAUGCCAAGCUCACCACUGAGGAGGUGAUUAAAGAGCUCUCUCAGAUGGCUGGACGACCCCAGGACGAUGAAGAUGAGAAGGAGAAGGUUGCUGAUGAAGAUGAUGUGGAUAAUGAGGAGGCUGCUCUUCUGCACGAGGAAGCCACCAUGACCAUCGAGGAGCUUCUCACACGAUAUGGACAGAACUGCACCAAGAACCUCAAAACCAAGUGCUUAGCUCCGGCCGCGGAGAGCGCCGCCGAGGGGACGGGCAGGCAGCACCAGGGGGAGUCAAACCUGAACGGCGAGGCCGAGACCCAGGAGCGUGGAGAGGCAAAGAACGGGAAGCCAGAGGAGGACAUGACGGGUAUUUCCUCCAGCUCAGCCAGCGCUGGAGGCGACAGCCCUGCCCUGCAGAAGCCUGAACCGGGCAGGGGUGACGAGGCCGUCACCUCUUCUACUGGGGAGGCCGGGCCCUCCUGCUCCUCCACGGGGAAGCCCCAGCGCACAGCCAAAUCCAAAUUUUUUGAGGACAGUGAGGAUGAGUCAGAUGAGGUUGAGGAAGAGGAGGAAGACAGUGAGGACUGCAGUGAAGAUGAGGAUGGUUACAGCAGUGAAGAAGCAGAGAAUGAAGAUGAUGAAGAUGACACUGAAGAAGCAGAGGAGGAUGAGGAUGAAGAGGAGGAAAUGUUGUUACCAGGCAUGGAGGGGAAAGAGGAGCCCGGCUCGGACAGCGGGACGACGGCGGUGGUGGCGCUGAUCCGCGGCAAGCAGCUGAUCGUGGCCAACGCCGGGGACUCGCGCUGCGUGGUGUCCGAGGGGGGCAGGGCCCUGGACAUGUCCUACGACCACAAGCCUGAGGACGAGGUGGAGCUGGCCAGGAUAAAGAACGCCGGCG